AUGCCGUUGGCAAUAUCUGCACUUGAACACUACAAGGCUGGACGAGGUGUUGUGGCUACGUUUAUGAAAUUCCAUGGACAGUUGGACGCACUUAUAUACAGGUUUAGGCUUCAAAGAACUUUCUUUUAUCUAAAUAUUCUCGACCUACUGCGAAAUGCCGGCGUCAGUGAAGUAGUCGAUAAAUCGGACAUAAGCGAAGGAGAUUGUAUCAACAUUCUUCGAAAUACAAGAAGUGGAGACGAGAUUAAGGACUACCUAGGGCCUGGGCAUUUAUACGACACUUUUCAGGAAAUAUUAACAAGAUAUGAAACUUGUUUAACGGCAAUUGUGAGCAAGUUGGGACACAUAAAGAGACCGCCAAAGGCUGCGAAGGAUGACUUGAAAGCAAUUCUUGAGAAGAACCCCGUAGGGGCUUCCGCUUUCGCAUUUAGAGAGCGGCUAAGCUUUACCAUUGAGAAGGGGAGCCUAAAGGAGCUUGUGGAAGAGCUGAGCGAAGAUCGACUGUCUCUAAGGGAAAUGAUUGAUAGCUUGAAAUCGCAGCAAGUGCUUUCAGCAAGAUACCCUUCUGAAGAUGCCCAAAAACUAGCGACUAUGCUUUCAAAGGUCCGGCGACAAGCAGGUCCGUUGUUCGAAGCCAUGCGUAAAGGAUGCAACUGCGGCUGUGAGAAAAGACAUAUGGUCUUAAUGAGACUGGACAGCAGGGUGCCGCUAAAGAAGAGCAGACAAAGAAAAUUGCGAGAGCAGACUAAGUUCAGUCUCAUAUUUGACUUUCACGGAUAUCUCCAAGAAACGCAUGUCAACGUGCACGAAGAUGAUGAUCUCAACGAGGAUUACGACAUCAAAAACUCAUCUAGACAUGUGUCUGAAGCGCAAGCCGCGGGUCGGAUUCUGGAGUUCAAACUAAACAAAGAGGACCUAUUCCUUGUUGAUGGACCGCCUGAGAACAGACGAAAUUUCGCAAGUCCAAUAACGCUGGCGGAUAUCCUCAAAGCAGGAUGCCAAGAUGAUGAUGCCAAAAUGUUUCCAAAGGAGCAGACACUGUUGGCUCUGAAUGUCGCCUCGUCGAUUCUCCAACUACAACAGACGUGGUGGCUGGGACUGCCUUUCAACAGCAAUGAGAUCAAGAUAUUAAGCCCCCAAGAGAAAUCAUUCAUCACCUCAGGCAGUUUUCCUUUUAUCGAACAAUUUAUGGGUGAGAUCUCACCACCGCCAUGUGCAAUGGCCAUUGACAGCGACGCAUGUAUCGGCCCAGAUCCCAAAACAGCAUUGACGGAGCUGGCAAUCCUAUUACUCGAAAUCUGGCACCACAGGCCGCUUGAGUUAUGGUGCUAUAAGUCGGGCAAAGAGAAUCCAACAUCACCACAAUGA